AGUAGAAAAUCAUAUUGUAACGUUUCUAGACUAACAAUACUUAGUCGCUUAAGUCUGUUUUUCUUAUUGAACAGUACAAUGCAGGCAGAUUGCAAUGCAUAGUGUGCAGUUGUCAAUGCAUGCAUAUAGCUUUUCUACUAGGCUAUCCAAUUUGUUUAUCUGUUGUAAGCGUGCUCGUAAAUUGUUUUCGUUAUGACAAGAAUCACCGAUAGUAAUAUAUGUCCUUGAUCAUGUGCUAUCAAUUCUGACUGUUUUGUCAACAUCAUGAACAACGACUUUGUAACUACUACAAUGGUGAAUCCAGGAUUUUAAAGAGAGUUUUUAUCGGUUAUAACAUGGUCACAUCUUAAUGUGUCAACUUGAAAACUAUUAGAUAUACAUUACUGUAUCGUGAACAUGUGGUUGAGUCUUGCUCGCAACCAACUGACUGUCCUACCACCUGAAAUUGUCAGUCUUGAUGAGCUAAGAGAACUUAACAUGUCUGACAAUCUACUAACACUCUUGCCUAAUGAAAUUAGUCAUUUGAAGAAGUUGAAAAAGUUGUACUUACAGAAGAACAAACUUCCAAGAUUGAACCAUAAUAUUGAAGGCUGUGUAGCAUUAUUGGUAUUAGAUGUAUCUGUCAAUGAACGUGUUUCCUUUCCAUACGAGAUUAAGUAUCUGUCACAGAAUGAGUUGUACUGCGAAGCUAACCCUCUGCUACAAGAACUUCCAGUUUCAUCAGAACAAGAGGACGAAGAAGCUGCUGCUCGUAUUGUGCUAAAAAGCUUGAAAGAUAGAACUUCUCGUUCACGUGUCUUAUUGAAAUUUCAUCCAGAGCUGAGAAAAUCACUUGCAGCCACUCGGAAGGGUGCUGUAUGUAGAGAGUCAUUUUUGAAUACGUGGCUGGAGUGUGUACAAUUUGUUAGCAGUCGCAAAGUGCUUGGAGUAAAGAAUAAUGCAGGAGUUAUACCACUUCGAGUUCUACUGUGUUCCUAUCGAUGUUUCAAUGUUGGAACACAUAACUAUUAUGGAGUCGCAUUGCCUUGAGGUACAGGAAAGGGAUAUUAUGACGUUUGUAAAAUUAACUGAAGUUUGUCAGACAGGUAAUAGUGAUGGUUGUGCUUCUGCAGCAUGUAGUAGAAUUUCUUCCAUUACGGUUUCAUUAUAUUGAUACUGUCAGGUUGCAUGGAGUCAGAAGAUAUACUGUAGAUGUAAAAAAGUAAGGAGUAGUGAG